AUGACGCUAUGGCAUAGUCUGACCACUUGUUUGUUUGUGCUGGGAGCCGUGCACGCUGGCCCGGGGCCCCAGGGGGUGGUGGUUUUAGAAGAGGCGAGGCCCCUGGAGAGCCCUCCGCUCCGGAUCCGCCUAUCUGUCACCUCACAGGGCGGGAAUCGGCAGGACAUGGACGACCGAGGAGACGCAUACAUCAUGGGGGCACCUAUCCCGGCCGACUUUGACAAGGUGGAGGAUUUGAUCAAGGUGACCAUCAGCAGAAUACGAGGCUCUCCCACAGAGUCCUCCCGCGCCCGAUCUAUCAGAUCUCGACCCAAAAGGAAGAGAAUGACCGGGUCUAGCUAUAGGAGGAAUCCAGGUGGUAGAGAACGGAAGUCAGGAGGCAGGCGAGCUCCAGGCUGCGCGCUAAAGCAGGUGCAACUUAACGUGACCGACCUGGGUCUGGGCUACAUCUCAGGUGAGGAAAUGAUCUUCAGGUACUGCGCGGGAACCUGCAGGAAGUCAGAGACCAACUAUGACAAGAUCAUCCGUCACCUGGCCCGCGGCCGGAGGCUGCCCGCUAAGGACGUACCCCUGCAGGCCUGCUGUCGCCCGGUGGCGUUCGAUGACAACCUGUCCUUUCUGGACGAUAACUUGGUCUACCAUACGCUCAGGAAGCAUUCGGCCAGGAAGUGUGCUUGUGUCUGACAAAUUCGCUCUCAAACGGUGCAUCGUCACCACCACCACCGUCAUCUUCUCUACCUUUGAAUGGCAUUCCUUCUCUUCCAUACUGUCACUUAGACAUUAUGGUGGCUUCUACAUUCUGUAUCGACAGGAUUUAUGUCACUGUCCACUGAAAGACAAAUAUCUCCAAAUUUCAUGUGUAGUAGUUUCUUGAUAUUUCAGGAAAACUUAAAGGUGUUAUGAAAUGAGACCAUGGUGACCAUGUCAAAAAAUGAAAUGACUGCACUAUAGUCAUUUUACAAGUAGAAAAUGAAUUUGGCAUUCAAAUCUGGCCGGUCGUUUUCUAUUUAUUUAUUUUUUUUCCAUAGUGUUUCCACCCAAAAUAAUGCCUCAGGGAACGCACACUUUUUUCAACAAUUCUGUUUGUGACUGGAGUUGUCCGAUAUUAUCGGGGAGCCGGUAAUAUCGGGUAGCCGAUACUAUUGGCCGAUAAAAGCGUUUUAAAAUUAUAUCGGAUAUUAUCGAGGAGGGCAACAGCUAUCGAUUAUUAAAGUCAUCGAUUAAUCCAUUAACUAGUUAGAUCGAAUAUUCGAGUAAUCGGAUUAGGAACAUUUAAUGCAUUGUAGAACCAAAUUUUAAGAGAUGAAAAACAAAGGCCUACUAAGAUUACACUUUCAAAAGAACAUUAAAUGCAAAAUAAAAAUAUAAAUCAUAUAAAUAAAUAUAAAUAUUUUAAAAAUCUAUAUAUAAAUAUAAAAUAUAAAUAAAUACAGUAAAUAUAUAUUUUAAAUAAAUAAAUAUAAAUAAAAACUAUAAAAGUCCCGACUGUUUCUUAAAACUAUACAGGAUUAAUCUUUCAUUACAUAAGAGCAAAAAAUGCAUUUGAAACUAAAUCAAAAUACCUAAACGAUAUAAAAAUUUUUUUAAAAAAUUUAAAUGAAUGAGACAACAAAAGAACAAUCAGCUAACUUGCAUAGCAAAAGUCAGCUAGCUGAAAUGCUAUAAAAUACUAACGUU